CUUACAAACCGAACGUGACAGGAAGAGCAUGAUGUGAAUCAGACGGCUAUCGGUUCGGAGGAAGAUGUCGGAGGGUCAUCUGAGUGUAUGAACAAGUGAUUCAUUGCGCGGGACUGAGCGAGAUUUUGACCACUUGACGAAAAUCUCCGGUAUCAUCAUGGAGAACCACGACAUGCACAAACAUCACAUGCACAUGCAUGACAAUCACAACAUGACUACGCCAGAACCUAACCAUGACAUGCACGCGCACCACAAGGACAUGGCGGGGCACAGCAUGGACCCACCAAGCGGCUACGACAUCGCCAGUGACGACCACCAUGACCAUCACAUGCAGAACCACAGCAUGCAUGACCAUCACAUGCAGAACCACAGCAUGCAUGACCAGCAGAUGCGUGACCACGCGUCGCACGUGCAUCACCAUGACAACAGCGGCGGUCAUCAUCAGCAUGGUCACCCGAUGACGUUCCACGCACGGAAUGACGACUUCAUUCUGUUCCGGGAGUGGCAGCUAUCUCCAGGGAAAGUGACGUUCUUUGUGUGUCUGACCCUGGUGGUAGUCGCCGUCCUGUACCAGGUCAUCAAGAUGGUCAGAGCGAGGCUUGGCCGGAAGUGCCGGAACACAAACUGCAAACGGUACAUGCUGAGCAAACGUCACGUGAUCCAGACGGCGUUGUACUUGGUUCAGUUUCUCAUUGGGUACGUGUUGAUGUUGGUUGUGAUGACGUACAACGUCUGGAUCAUGGUAGCCACCGUCGUUGGAAUCGGACUGGGAUACUUCUUUUGCGGCUGGGCGGAGUAUGAGGAGAUCGUGCGCCUGCGCCCCAUUUCUAUGAAGUCCAGUCACAGAUCCGUCUCGUUCGACUGUGGUCGCAAAGGGGACCAAGAGUUAGUUCCCUUGAGCAAGGACACAACAGCCACGGAUAUAACCAUUCUAACAUCCAAUGUCGGCUGCGCAUGCGACCACGACGAAACGUUGUGAUGGUGACGUAGGUUACCGAUACUAUGGAAACUAUCACGAGAGAUUUGCAUCAUAUAUAUAUAUUUUUUUAAUUUUUUUUUGUGGCUCCACACUCAUUAAAGCUGCAGCCUGCACUUAUUUUCGUGGCCAACACACGGUAAGAUGCAAGCAUCUGGGAACCAGAGGUAAUACUUAUAGAAGUGCUCCAUUUUGCAGGUGAUCCAACUCUUCGCUGUACUUGUGGCCUUUAACACCCGAAGUCAUUCACCAUAGAAGUGAUCGCAAAUCCGAAGUCUAACUGCGGUUGUUGUCGUUUGGUUUUUUGGGGGUUUGUUUUUGCAUUCUAAUACUAACCCGUAUGUGUGCACCUCUUCACUCCACCAUCCAUGAAUACACAGAGCCUUUCUGCAGUGUAGCCGGCAGCUUUGUGGGACAGUUCAUGCCCUGGAUCCAGCCACUGUGUUUCCAUCCACAUUUGCUACACAAAUCUCUCCAAAACACAAGAAAAUGCAUUGAAAAGGACAGCCAACUCAAAUCUAGAUUGCCAGAGCUUUGCAAUUUAGCAUUGGUCUGGACUCAAAUCGGAUAUUAGUUUUUCUUUAGUUACAUAUUUUUGUAUAAGAUAACUUAUUGAUGGGAAUCAAUGUCCGUCUUAUGCUUCAGCCUUGGAGUCAUCUACUCUCCAUAUCGCUGACAUACACGGCCACGGUAGGGUUCGCACAAGGCCCCCCCUGCGGAGUAGUGAUCUUUAACCUUACACCGCAUUUUAGUCUGUCGUACAGACCCUGAAGCAAAUAUAUCCAAGAAAGGCCACGCAAGUCUAGAAAAUGUGGCCAUUCUAGAUUUACUCAGCUUCAGGGCUCCGUUUCAUUAUUAUUAUUUUUUUUACUAUGAACUUUUUUUCAGUAAAAUAUGUUCAUUUCAGAGACUAGUUGUAAGUCUAACCGCAUUUCUGCCGUAUGUAUUUUCGCGGAUGGUGUUGGAACUUGUCUGUGCAGGAGUUGUAGAUGGUUAUCAUUAACAACAUGUUCGGCUAUGAUAUGGUCAUUGUAGCCAGAUGAACUGUUUUAUGAAAGUGAGGGUAGUAGUUUUCGUUAAGUAUUUACGGGGUUGUACAGGCCCCACACCAUAGAUCUGACGUUAUUUGAAGCCUCGGUAGAUCUGCCUGAGAAGUGGAAUCUCAGAAUCUUAUCUUGAUAUUGGUGGCAUUUUAGAGUUGUCGAACCCUGUACGUUCUGCGCUGAAAUAGCUGCUUCGUUUUACAUCUAAAGUAUAUUUUCUAGUGGGAAGUUUAUGGUGGCCACUUGAAUUACGAAGUUACCAUCACGAAAAAACACAAUGUAAGGAUUUUGACAGCCGAAUGUCUGUUUGUGUUUAGGUGAGCAAUAUUAAGUCUGAACUGGUCAACACAUUUUCCAUUUUGCGUUUUUUCUCUCGUAUGUACAUACCACACAGAAGAGACAUAUUUUUCAGAUUAAGUAUUACAUAUUUGAUUUUUCUUAUCGUGAAAAAGUCAGUAUUCAUCAAGAAAUCCUUUUUUGCAUAUGCAUGUAAAGUUUCGCCUAAACAUGUCUGUAGUACACACGGGAGGUAUUGCAAUAAAAAUAUUCUCGUAAUAGGAUUCUAAAAAAGAUAGAAGUAGCAAAAUACUACUACUAGUGUUUUAAAUUGUAAAGAUGUAAUUGUUUUUAAAAAUGCAAUAUGCGAAUCAUUGAACUCAAUAUGAACACCCCCGCACCCACCACUCAUUUGACGUUUUGUUUCUUAGAUAUUAAGACAUUUAUUAAGAUUUGUUAAACGCCAAUAGUUUAACCUCUUCUGAAAAGGAUGGCCUGUAAGAACUUAUUUCUAUUCAUUUCUAAUUUCUAAUAAAACACCUUCGUGAUACGUGAGUCGAGAUGAUAACAAUGGCUUCUUGGCGCUGGUGGUUCGUAGACGCUUCUUGAACGUAGACUUGUAGUACGGAGACUUAUCGUAGUACCAUGGUACGUAACAUGACGUCGCAGUUCGCUGUUAGGAGUUGCGUCCCGUGGAUUCUCGGUUCGCCCCGAUUGUGUUUCAAAGUUUGUCAGACUCUUUUCACCGAAGUGCGAAACGUCUGAGACUUGCAUCACUUCGUGCUUUCCGCCCACAUUAAACUGACACUGCAUGAAUUAACUGUGACGUUAAACUCAACUCACUCACUCACUCACUCACUCACUCACUCACUCACUCACUCACUGAAGUUUUUAAUGAAAAUAGCAUUCACACAUACACUCAAAUCGAUUUAUCACUGUUUCAUUUCGGGUGAUUUUCAAACAUGGAUGUUAAGGGAUCGUCAUUCAUGUUUGUAGCUUUCUAGUUUUACGAAACGCUAGUCAUACGCCUUUUCCCUUAAAUUAUUACAUUUACAAACUCAUUUAGUGAAAACAGCUGUCAUAGUCAACAUGACGUCAUUCUUAUGUGACGUCAUAAACAUUACCUCAUCAAAAUAUGGAUAAUAAAGACUAUAUGUCGACUGUUGACUCCUUCGUUGGACUGUUGUGUAACCUGCUAGCUCCGGUUGUAAAGUGUGUGAUGUGAAGCAUUUGACCCGUCAGAUUCCCAUGUCACAGUCCAUAAGGGUCAAAAUAAACAAGUAUUCUACAUAUUAAAUAAUGUUUGCAUUAGUAUAUUGUUCCACGUGCAUGUUGAUCCAUAGACCAAAUUUUGUCAUGUCGAAACGGAACAAGGGUUUAUUUACAUAGGCCAACACUAUGUUGUAUGCAUUCUAAAUAACUUCUAUUUUGGUGUUAUUUUUUCUAUGUGCAGUUAUACUUUGUGGCAUUUCUUUUGAACUGCCUAAUGUACAUGUGCAAGAUAAAUAAAAUGUUCGACAAGUA